GAGUCUAUGUGAUUUUCUAAUCGGACUGUCAGCGAUUGUAUGCAUGGUGAGGGAACCGAUCUGGCGUCGCUGUGAUCUGCAGUCACGCGAAAUUCACAAGCUUUGAGAGUUGAGACUCUGGUGAUCCUUAUCAUAUGCAACUCUUCAGCCCUUCCAGACGCUCUUAUGGCAUUCUACAAAUUUCAAACCUAAAUCUGCAAAGCAAAGGUUGACAACAUUGUUCAGAUCGGGCCAUGUCAUUGCUUGACAUGCUCACACCAUCAAAGCUCAUCGAAGCUUCAGUGGUCCGCAUAUGAGGCUCAAAAAAUAUGUACCUGACACCUCAAUUCUAAUGUGCCUUUGAAUGGCACUUGGAGUAGUUCUUACCAACAGGGAGAUCCACCAGCAUGAUCACACCUGCAGAGAUCUUCCCGCUGAUGGUCCCAGCCAAUGAAGACGGUACAGCAUUUGAAGGGUAUCUGACGCUGCCAAACGCCGGCUCGUUGGAUACGGCGCUGUGGAUGCGCCUGUUUGAUGUCCCUCUUUGGGCAAACACCCUUCAAGGUGCCAAGCUGGAAUGCAGCAGGGAGCUCAGUGAUCUCCUCGAGGGCUGUGAAGACACCAUUGAGGCUCGCUUGGGGGAUAGCCCGGAUGUCACAUCCUUCUUCCUGGAACUCAGAAACCUUCUGGACAAGCUGCUGCGCUUCAGGCCACCGCUGGAGCCGCCUCCAAGCACCUUCUACACCGGCCUCAUUGCAGAGAUAGAUGCUGUCGGAUGGGACCGACUGGCCUGGCUCUGCCCAAACCUGUCAGCUCUGCACAUCCGCAUUUCUGACGCUGCAGGCAGGGAUCACAUGGUCAAGGUGCAGCUGCCAGCCGCCUACCCGGAAGCUGCGCCGCUGGUGAGCGCGCAGCUGCCGGAGCAGGUGAAGCUGCCGCCGUGGCAGCCUGGGGCGUCCAGCCUGCAGGACCUGAUCAGGCACUAUGAGGCCGCCAUUGCUUCGCUGCAGGAUCUGUGGGCCUGCCUGGACGAUCUCGACAGGGAGGCGUGGGUUCUGGAGCCGGAGAAACCGACGCCGGCCGACGCCCACCGCCGCAUAGCGCUGGGCGGCCACUGCUCGCUGCUGCUGGAGCUCGACCCGGCGCGGCCGCGCGCCCGCCCGCCCGAUCUGCGCUUCCUCGGCUCCGAGGCGGCCGCCGCGCCGAUGCGCACCCGGCUGCGUGCCGCCGAUGCUCCGCCCUGGGACCCCGGCAGGCUGCCGAGGGAGAACCUUGAGCGGCUGCUGCAGAUGAAGCUUCCGACGCGGUCCACAUCAGCGCAGGAUGACAUCAGCGGCGACUGCUGCAUCUGCUACGCUUAUCGCCUGCCUCCUGCGCAGCCACCCGGCGCUGGCUCCGCCACCCUUGGUGAGGUGCCGGACCAGAGCUGCGGCAACCCCCGAUGCGCGCGGCCCUUCCACGGGCGCUGCCUGCGCGAGUGGCUGCUGGCGCUGCCAACUUCGCGGCGCUCCUUCAACACAGUCUUUGGGGAGUGCCCCUACUGCUCGCAGCCCAUCACCACCACUGCCAGCUGA